AUGUGCCCCUUCACUUCAUUGCCCGCUGGCGAAGGUCCAGCUCGCUUCUCUCCCAGUGCUGUCAAAGACUGGCAGCCUAGGCGAAAGUCCGUCUCCAACGCCUGCGAGCGAUGCCGACGCAGGAAGAUUCGAUGCGACGGCGAGACGCCUUGCUCGACGUGUAAACGUUUUGCAAUACAAUGCGUGAGAACACAAAAACCAAAAGAAGUUGUUGCAUCUGAACAUCGAGAAGCCCUAGAGGGACGAAUACAUCAGCUCGAGGCACAGCUAGCCAGACAUGUCAAUGCGCCCAUGCACGGUAUGGAGUCUAUCGACCAGAACCUUAUGGCUAGCACACCCACAUCGUUCGACUGGCAAGGACCCUCGCCCCACCUCAACCUCGAUACCACCAUACCGGCAACCUUCACAGCCGAUGACCUGGAUCUCGGCUCCUUCUCGGCUAGGAGUGGCAGCAUGCCCUCUAUCGCUAUAGAUGAAUGUGAGCCUUUCCCCAACUUCUCCACGCCGUCUUCACCAGUACCUUCAUUAUGGUUAGGUACCACGCGUGCCUCGUCACCCGACUCCAUGCCACCCGGAUCCGCGCUGCCGCAGUUCGGUACGACAUAUCCAUCGAUGAGUAAACCCAUGCCGUCGUCGAUCGAACCGCAUACGGCGCCUUCUUGGGAGUUCAUGGCUCAAGCAAGUAGCAGUCAGUUACAACCGGGUACUACUAGCAGUCGGGCCCACUCUCGCAAGACUUCGACCUCGUCCCAGUCUCAGGCUAGCAAUGAGCAAGCCAUGUCGCCGAUCCCGGAAGUUGAAGAUGACAUCCUUCCGUUGGCGCCAGCACCGCGAUUGCCUCGCCAAGGCAUAUUCGCAGCCCGCCAUACUGAAAGUCCUGGCCCAGCUUCGUCACGCUCAAGCUUCACCGAUCGCAGUCGCGCAAUUGUUACUACGCCAAUUCCAAGCCGCUUCGAAGCGGAGACUCUGACCACUGAAUUCGUACAACACAUCGAGUCCUUGGACUACCAAGCUUACUCCAUCUCUCCUGGUCUCUUUUCUCGGUUCUGCGAGUCUGUCUACCCAAACACUCAGCGACCUGCAGUCGAAAUCUCCGCAUCCAUGUCGAUGGCGCGCUUCCAUGUCUUCCUUGCCAUGGCCGUUGCGAUGAAGGUGAGAAUUAAGGAUUCGCCGGAGAACACGAAUGCUCUCCUCGAUACUUGCUACGAGCUUGCUAUGCAGCAAGCUUCAUCGUCCACAUUCUGGCAAGAGACAGGUGGGAUGGAAGCUGCUCAACUUUUGGCGCUUUUUGCUUCGCUCCGCAAGCCCUCCACAGAGGAGCCACGUGGUCUUCAACACUCGUUUUCCUGGUGA